CCAGUCGGGAGCCAAGAGAUGAGCCUCCCGUUUGAUCGUAGCAGAGUGGUUUUGAUUGUGCCAGUGCGACUACGACUGCUACCCCGCGCCCGCGCCGACGAGAGCAGAGAAGCGAAGCGAAUUCUAGAAGGAGCCGUAAAUAAAUACUCCUCCUAGCCGGUGAGAGCAACGCCAACGCCCAUAGUUCCGUCCCAUACCACACAACCACUAGCUAGCAACCAGAGACUCACUGCCGCCGCCGCCGCCGCUGCUUGCAUUGGAGGCGCUAGCCUAAGGCUGUGCCAUCUUCGUUCUUCGACGACGACCGCGAAAAUUGUAGGGCUGGCAGACUGGUGGCCGGCCGGCGCGGCGGCCGAAGCCCAAGCCGAGGAGAUGGGGAGCAUGGACGGCCACCCGCUCCAGGGCAACCACGCCUACGCCCACGUCCCUGCCGGCAGCAACAACGACGAGGACGACGCGUCGCCGCCGCCCUCGGCCGGCGGGGGGUCCUCGGGGUCGGGCCGCCGGCCGCGCGGCAGGCCCCCGGGGUCCAAGAACAAGCCCAAGCCGCCCGUGGUGGUGACGCGGGAGAGCCCCAACGCGAUGCGCUCCCACGUGCUGGAGAUCGCCAGCGGGGCCGACAUCGUCGAGGCCAUCGCGGCCUUCUCCCGCCGCAGGCAGCGCGGCGUCUCCGUCCUCAGCGGGAGCGGCGCCGUCACCAACGUCACGCUGCGCCAGCCCGCGGGGACCGGGGCGGCCGCCGUCGCCCUGCGGGGGCGGUUCGAAAUACUCUCCCUGUCCGGCGCCUUCCUCCCGGCGCCGGCGCCGCCCGGGGCGACGGGGCUCGCCGUCUACCUCGCGGGCGGGCAGGGGCAGGUGGUCGGAGGCAGCGUGAUGGGGGAGCUGCUCGCGUCGGGCCCCGUCAUGGUGAUCGCGGCCACGUUCGGCAACGCCACGUACGAGAGGCUGCCGCUGGAUCAAGACGCCGAGGAGGGCGCUGUGCUGUCCGGGUCGGAGGGCGCCGCCACGCAGCUGGAGCAGCAGGGCAGCGGGGGCGCCGCCGUGCCCCCGCCGAUGUACGCCGUGCCGCAGACGCCGCCCAGCGACAUGUUCGGGCAGUGGGGGCAGGCGGCCGUGGCGCGGCCUCCGCCGACGUCAUUCUAGCGCUGCACCGGCGAAUCCUCGCGCGCGCGGUUCCUCUACCUAGCUAGUUUAGCUUUCUGCUUCUUCCCUAGUCGUUUGCCUAGCUUCCAUUAUCUUGUUAAUUAAUGUGCUAUGUCAUGCAUGGGUACUUGUAUGGUAUAUUUUUUCCCUUUUUUGUUUUCAUUCCUCUUCCGUCUUUGAAGCUUGGGAAUGUAAAAUUCCUACAGGUAUCAAGAACCCAACGAACAAUGGUUGCUCGUCAAUUAGCUUCUUAA